AAGCUCCGUGGCUCGUGAGAGUCGACAGAAAGCGCAAUACCUGCGCUGGUGCCCGGUCUUCAUCGAUAUCACCCAUCCUGAGGACACCUCUACCUCCCUCCCAGCGAGCAUACACCCAGAGACAACCGUUCAACGUCGACGAUGGCACAACCCCGAUCUUCCGUUUCUCCCGUGGAUGCGUCGCGCACGCACAUCGAUGAAGGGACCAGUCCCUCUUCACACAGUACCCCUCCGCCGUCCACAGCCCCAUUGUCGAUCGAGCAUCCGGAGGAAAUCGCACACCCGCUGGACCCAGCCGACUCGAAUGCGCUCGUGCGGCUUCCUUCUGCGGACGGCGAUGCAUCGCGCGAGGAGCGUAUCGACCGGAUCCUGGGAGGGAGUGACACACCUCUACAAAUUCCCUUGCCGCUGAGCAUCUCCUCUCGCAUCCCGCUCGAGAUAUUCGAAGGCGUAAUCGACGAGAUGUCGAGCGGGACGUUGCCCGCCGCUGCAUUGGUCUGCGCGGUGUGGUAUCCGCGCGCUAUGCGUAACCUCUACCACACGAUCUAUCUUUUUGAGCGUUCCCGCUUCGAAGCCCUGGCCAAGUCCAUGCGCACGUUUCCGCGCGUCAGGGGUUGGCUCUCGAUGACCCGCAGUCUAUAUGUCUGGCAUGUUGGGUACCUUCCGACGCCAAAUCCAUCGUGCAAGCGGCAAUAUACAGACCAAUUCCUCCAUGCCGUUCCUCUGACCUUCGGUCGCGCCAUGUCGGGUUUGCAGUCUCUUGAGCUGGACGGGCCCGUUGCCCCAUACCUGAUUCCGAAGUUCACGCUUGCCCUUUCUUAUUUCAAGGCCCUCAAUUCAUUGCGCUUGUACAUCAGGCUGAACAACGUCGCUGAACAAAUGCGUAUCAUUGCUGCCUCCCCUCACUUGACAGACCUCGGCUUGCCUUUCACCAUGGACCAUCCCGAGCAUAGGAUAUCAACCCCAAAGCUGCGGCCUGAUUGUAGUCUUGGUAUCCGGCUGCGUUCCCUCAGCAUCGCAUGUUCGGUGUCCGCCACGCUACUCAUCGAUUGGCUCGUGGACUCGGGCUUCGUUGGCUCUCUCCAAACCCUUGACAUCAUGCGGUCCUCUGGCUUCUCAGAGAUGGCCGAGCAAGUUGACCGUGUCCUCGGAGCAGCUAGACUGUCUCUUGUGUCUUACUGGGAACAAAGUGCAUUUUACGCGACGGAUAUGGGUCUCAAGACCCGUAGCCACGGCAAUCUCAUGCACAAUACCAAUUUGCGAUCGUUACGUUUCGAACCACUCAUGGCGUACCCCGGGAAAUGGUCUGAUGGCUUAUUGCGGAUGGUCGAUGACUUCGUCGAACUACUUGCCACGAUACGUGGUUAUAGGCUCGAACAUAUAUCAAUCAGGUUGAUCUGCGAUCUUGCUGGAGAUACGACCAACAAAUUACGGGCUGCAUUCGAAAUGCUCUCGUUGAAAGACCUGCAUGACAUCAUGCGCCGACCUUACUUCGGCACGCUCAAGGCCGUCGAGGUGAACAUAGUGCCUAGCAAUAGCCACUUAAAGGGCGUCAACCCGUACUCCGGAUCCGUGGGCAAGGCAAGAGCAGACAUUCUUGCUUACGGACUUCUCGAUGUGAUUCGCGGGUUGCUCCAACCGUGGUCUGAUCGAGGUAUACUUGACCUCACCCCCUUGACCUCAGUCGCUCGGAGUACGAUGCAAGGCCCAGAUCCAUUUGAAUCCCCACGCUUUCUAUCCAGAAAAGGAGAGCCAGCCCUUGAAGACUGAGCGUCGGUACUACGCGGGAUUCGAAUCUACUUGGACCGUUGGACACGAAUACAUGCAGCAACUGCGUUGCACCAUACGCUACGAAUUAUGGCUGUUCUUCUACCUACUUCUCGGUACCGACGACUACAUCGUCACCUUUGAGCUUAGCUUUCUUCCAGACCCCUCCAUCCGCCGCUCCUGGGUGUUAUUGUGUACAAUAUAAUUGCGGCAGAUCAACUGUCGUUCUUCAUGACUUAAGACUCACGAUACGC